ACAACAACAACCACUAAACUAUUAUUAUUGACAGACACAGUCACUUUAUUUUCGGUCGGUGUUUUGUAUUUUUUCUUUUUGUUGUCGACACCAUGGCAGAUAAAUAUUCCAUUUUAUUGCCAACAUACAAUGAACGAGAGAAUCUACCGAUUAUUAUCUGGUUGAUUGUGAAAUACAUGGAUCAAAGCAAAUUCAAUUAUGAAAUAAUUGUGAUUGAUGAUGGUAGUCCAGACGGGACACUUGAUGUGGCCAAACAAUUGCAAGACAUCUAUGGCGAUGAUAAGAUUUUGUUGCGACCAAGAGAAGCCAAACUCGGUCUUGGAACGGCUUACAUACACGGCAUUAAACAUGCAACCGGGAACUUUAUCAUUAUUAUGGACGCUGAUUUGAGCCAUCAUCCGAAAUUCAUUCCAGAAUUCAUAAAACUGCAGAAAGACAAUGACUACGAUAUCGUUUCGGGUACGCGAUACAUGGGCAAUGGUGGUGUUUUCGGUUGGGACUUCAAGCGAAAGCUUGUUUCUCGUGGUGCAAACUUGUUGUCACAAAUACUAUUACGACCGAAUUGCUCCGAUUUGACUGGAUCAUUCCGUUUGUACAAGAAAGAGCAGUUGGAAAACUUGAUAGCAAAAUGCGUCUCGAAAGGUUACGUUUUUCAGAUGGAAAUGUUGAUUCGAGCCCGUGAAUUGAAUUAUAGCAUUGGUGAAGUGCCUAUUACAUUUGUGGAUCGUGUGUAUGGCCAAUCGAAACUUGGCGGCACCGAAAUCAUUCAAUUUGCCAAAAAUUUGUUAUACCUUUUUGCUACCACAUAAUAAAAUUGACACAUUCCUGUUUUCACUAGAUA